AUGUCUGGCCUGCCCACACGGCGGCCCUCGCUGCUGCCGUCGCCGUCGAGCUCGGGCGCGUCGCCGCGCGGCCGCACGCCCAGCUACGGCACGCCCUCGGCCACCGGGCCCAUCUCGCCGCCGCGCUCCGGCCUGCCCACGGCCGCAGGCUCGCCUAGCACACCGCCGGCUUCGCGUCUUGUCGCGCCCGAUGCUGCAAGAUCAGCCAUGACGAGCCCCAGCAAGGCGGGCCCCGGCUCCGAGCUGCGGCGGCCAGCGGGACGCUCCUCGUUGGCGCCGGCAUCGGCAGGCACCACCGCCUCUGCGCUCGCUCCACGCACGCCGCGCCGCUCUUUGGCACCACGGACCAGCUUUGCCGCAGCCAGUGGCAGCAGCAGCGCUGCCGCCGCUCCACCGCUGCCCAAGCCGUACGAGGGCUCCACGCUGGCAUCGGCGGCGCGCGGCACCGGCGCAGCGCCCGAGCUCGGCGACACGGCCGUCUUUGUCUCUGAAGGGCGGCGCCUGACGGGCGUCGUGCGCUUUCUGGGCGCUAUUGCGGGCAAGAAGGGCGACUUUGCGGGACUGGAGCUGUUCGGCGCCAGUGCCGGCCUCGGCAAGAAUGAUGGCACCGUUGCAGGCGAGCAGUACUUUGCGUGCGAGCCGCUGUGCGGCAUCUUCUGCAAGCCGCACCAGCUGAGCGUUGUUGCUGCCUCUUCGCUCGACGCGACAGCGCGCCCGCAGUCGGCCAUGUCGCAGCGCUCCGGGCGCACGUCGGCGCUGGGCAGCGAGUCGGGGCGCACGUCGGCCACUGGCUUCCGCCGCGCCGCGACGCCCGAGUCGGGCAUGCGUCCGCGCUCCAGCAUGGCCAUGGUCACGCCCGCAGCCUCGCGCAGCAACGGCGUGCGGCCGCCAUCCGUGACGCCGCACUCGCGGCCCAGCUCGAGCAUGUCAACGCGCGGGCGUCCCUCUUCCGUCCUGUCUCACUCCUCCAGCACCUCGCGCCCUGCCUCGCGGCUAGGCCCGCGCAAGUCGCAUGCCGACCUUGCGCUUGACGAGGCCGGCCGGCGCCGCGCAAAGACGAGCGCAGAGGCGGCCGCAGAAGCCGAAGCGCGCAUUCACGUCGGCAGCCGAGCGGCACGCUUCAUCAACGCAAAGGCCGCAGACCUCGUCGCGACGCGCCGCGAACCAGAGCCAGCUGCGUCGGCGUCGGCAGCGCGUCCGGCCAGUCCGCUGAAGGACAGCCUGCUGGCCCGAGGGCGGACGAGCAUGGGCACGCCAUCGGCAGCUGGCGCAGGACUGCGCCCUCCGCGCGCUGCAGGGCCGCCGGUCACACCGCUGGGCGGCGUCGCGGCGCCUCGCAUGGCCAAAGCGCGCACCAGCGGUGUGCCAGCUCCCUUCGCCGCGCCGCGUCUGCAGGCCGCCGAGGCAAUGGGUCCGCCGGCGUCUCCGUCGCGCACGGAAGGCAGCGAGGAGCUGCGCAAGUCGACGGGUGCGCGGCCUGCCAGUGCGCUCUCGUCACACGGCGCCAACGACUCGUCGCCGCGCACGCCGGGCAAGGGCGAGAGCAACGGGCACGAAUCCGAGGGCACAGUGCGCAAGACGCGGCAGCGCUCGAGCGUGCAUGCCCUGCUCGAGGAGAUGGACCUGACGCCGCGGCGACCUGGCAUCCUCUUCUCCAGCGAUGGAAUCGACGAGCGCCAGGAGAACGGCAGUCCGUCGCGCGCGGACAGCGUCGCCAGCGACCACGGCAGCAGCGUUGUGGAGCCUGUGGUGCCGGUCAGCAUGCUGGAAGAGGCGCAGGCAGACAUUGAGAUGCUCAAAGAGCAACUAGCAACGCUCUCGCGAGAGGCGGCCGCAGCGAAGAAGGCCGAGGCGCAGGAGCGCGAGCGGGCACGCGCAGCAGCCACAGAGGCUGUGCGGCGCGAGCUUGACGAGGAGCGCGAGGUGGAGCGCGCCGACCAGCUGCGACGGCGUCGAGAGACCGAGGAGCGCGAGGCGGCCGCGCGCGAGAAGCUGCAGGCUACCCACCGCGAGGCUGUGGAGCGCAUCAACGCCGAGCAUGCGCGCCGCGUCGAGGAGCUGCAGAGCAAGCUGGGCGAGGGCGAGGAGACGCUUGCCGACCUCAAGCGCGCGCUGGGCGGCGAGGAGAAGGAGAAGAGCGCGGCGCUCGUCAAAGAUGCGGAGAUUGUGCGCCUGAAGGAGAGGCUGGCGCGCGUCGAAGCGAGCCUGGCCAGCGAGCGCGAGACGCUGCAGGCCGAGAUCAAUGAUCUGACCCAGAGCGGCCAGGAGAUGAGCUCCCUCUACGAGGACACGAUGCGCCUCAAGGAAGAUGAAGCGGAGGCAAAGCUGCGCGCGCUGUCGGAUCGUGCGCAGGAGGCCAUUGCUGCCGUGGAGGCACAGCGCGACGAGGCAGUCGAAGCAGCACGCGUCGCUGCCAGCAAGGCAGGCCCGGCCAGCGGAUCGGCGGCCGCCAUCGAUCUGCAGACGGCCAACGAGCAGCUGGCGCACGAGAAGCAGCGCUACGGCACGCUCGAGGAUCAGUACCAGGAGACGCUGCAGGCACUCGAGACGGAGCGCGAGACGACGCAGCGCCGCCGCGACAAGUUCGCCGACGCCGAGCAGCGUCUCAAGGAGGAGCUGCGCAAGACCAGAGCAGAGGUCGCCACCUUGACGCAGGAGAAGAUGCGUGCCAGCGAGCGACUUGAGGAGCUGAACGACGAGCUAGCGGCGAAUCAGGCCGCGCUCGAGACCGAGCGCUCCGAGCUCGAAGCUCUGCGCGCUGAGGCACACGGCAUUGGCGCCGGCCCAAGCAUGCCCGAGGAGCGCUCCGUCACGGAGAAGGUGCGCCUGGAGAGCGAGGUCAUGCGCCUCACCUCGCUGCUCGAGGGCGCGCGCUCGGCCAAGCGAGACGCCCUGCAGCGUGCCGAGGCUCUGAUCGCGGAGCGCGAAGAGCUCAAGCAGGCGCUUGCCGAACAGCAGUCGCUCGAUUCCAGUCAGGAUCUCCGAGCGCAGAAGUCGCAACGGCCGAAGUCGUCGUCUCGUCCCUCCACCUCUGGCAGCUCGCCGUACAUCUCCAGCCCGACGGACGGCUCGUUUGGUGCCGACACGGGUGCCACGACGCCCUCACAUCGCUCCUCGCGGCGCAUCUCCGGCGCCAGCACGGCGAGCCGGCGCACGCGCACCUCGACCAGCGGCGCUGGUCUGGCACAGGACGAGACGACUGGCUUGCGCAUCAUCGUCGGCUCGCUCACGGAAGAGACGAGUGCGCUGAAGAUGCAGCUGCGCGAAGCGGCCGCCGAGCUGGAGGAGGCACGGCAAGAGCUCAAGACGGCGCAGGAGCAGCGUGAUCAGCUGCAAGCCACCGUCGACAGCCUCAGCGCCGACGUGGGGGGCGCCUCUGACUCUGGUGCGGCGCUCGUCGAGGCGCGCAAGGCACUCGUGGAGCAGACUUCAGCGCUUGAGCGGCGCGUGGCUGCCGCCGAGCAAGCGACUGCCGAGAGUGCGCGGCGCCUGGACGAGGCGAAGCGGGUGCACCAGAAGGAGGAGCAGUCGCUGCAGCGCGAGAUUGCAGAUCUCGAGGCCCUGUGCGAGUCGAGCGUGUAUCGGCGCGAUGAGCAAGAGGCGCUGCGCGAGGAGCUCGAGCGUAAGGUGUCGAGCCUGCAGCGCAAGCUCGACCGUGCGAUGGCCGCAACGGUGCCGCCGUUGCCCGCAGAGCAGGAGUCGAAGGCGUCCGAAGCAUCCUCGACGGCCGCCGAGGACGUCUUUGGCUCGUCGUCGCCUACAAAGGCCGCUGCACCUGCUGUCGCGCCCGCAGCCGAGGCUGCACCCACGGCAGCGCCCGCGGCCACCGAUGACCGGCCUUUCUGCGAUGACUGCGAGGAGUAUGGCCACCGCCUCGAAGAUUGCACGAUGAACGACGUGUUCUGA